CCUCUGUGCACAGGGGCGGUGACCCAGGCCUCCGCGUGGGGUGCCUCUGGGAGGCGCCUGCGCAUUCCGAGCUUGGCGGAGGCGGGGAGGGGGACUCCCAGAAUUCCCUGGGCUCCGCUCGCUUCAAGAGGCGUCCUGUACUUCAGAGAGGAUGUAAGCAUGUGGAGGACAAGUAAUUGCUAGUGAGUGGAGGGACCAGGAUUCAGAUGCAGGACUGGCUGACUGUGGAGUCCCUUCUGUACUCAUCUCAUGUAAUCCCCUCUACAACUGCUUGAGCUCUACCUCUCAGGGUAAAGCCCUUCUCCUAAUGAGGAGCCAGGAAGAGGAGGAGGUGAUAGGAGUUGAACUUCUUAAAGCCACAUCUCUGGAUUCGAUGACUUUCACAGAUGUGGCCAUAGACUUCUCCCAAGAUGAAUGGGAAUGGUUGAAUCUUGCUCAAAGAAUUUUGUACAAGAGAGUGAUGUUGGAGAACUACAGGAACCUGGUUUCAUUGGGUCUCUGCAUUUCUAAACCAGACAUAAUCUCCUUAUUGGAGCAAGGUAAAGAGCCUUGGAUGAUGAAGGGAGAGAUGACAAGAGAUCUCUACCCAGACUUGAAGUAUGUUUGGAUGACCAGGGAAUUACCUCCAAACCAGGACAUUUAUGAAGAAAAAUUAUCCCAGGCAAUGAUAAUGGAAAGACUUCCAAGCUACAACCUUAAAUGUUCCACAUUAGGGGUAAGCUGGAAAUGUGAAGACCUAUUUAAGUGGGAGCUGGUAAGUGAGAAGACACACUUUAGUCAAGAGACAGUCACUCAUAUAGAUAACCUUAUUGAGAAAAGAGGCUGCUUUAACAAGUCUGGGACAGUUUUUCAUCUGAAUAGAUUGUCUUAUCUAAAGCAGGUAUUUCCCAUUGAAGAGAGAAUAUAUAGUUUUGACACAGAUCAGAAAAGUUUAAAAACACAUUCAUUUGUAAAAAAACACAAGCAAGUCUAUGGAGAAAAGAAACUUUUGAAAUGUAAUGACUGUGAGAAAACGUUCAGCAAAAUAUCAACCCUUACUCUUCAUCAAAGAAUUCAUACCGGAGAGAAACCCUAUGAAUGUAUUGAAUGUGGGAAAGCCUUUAGCCAGAGUGCCCACCUUGCUCAACAUCAGAGAAUACACACAGGAGAAAAACCUUUUGAAUGUACUGAAUGUGGGAAAGCCUUCAGUCAAAAUGCUCACCUUAUUCAACAUCAGAGAGUUCAUACUGGAGAAAAACCUUAUCAAUGUAAGCAGUGUAAUAAAGCCUUCAACCAGCUUGCACAUCUUGCUCAACAUCAGAGAGUUCAUACUGGAGAGAAACCCUAUGAAUGUAUUGAAUGUGGGAAGGCUUUUAGUGAUUGUUCAUCCCUAGCUCAUCAUCGAAGGAUUCACACUGGGAAAAGACCAUAUGAAUGUAUUGACUGUGGGAAAGCUUUCAGGCAGAACGCUUCUCUUAUACGUCAUCGGAGGUAUUAUCACACUGGAGAGAAACCAUUUGAUUGUAUUGAUUGUGGGAAGGCUUUCACUGAUCACAUAGGACUUAUUCAGCAUAAGAGAAUUCAUACUGGAGAGAGACCUUACAAAUGUAAUGUGUGUGGGAAGGCUUUUAGCCAUGGCUCGUCCUUGACUGUACAUCAAAGAAUUCAUACAGGAGAGAAACCUUAUGAGUGUAAUAUAUGUGAGAAAGCCUUUAGCCAUCGUGGUUCACUUACCCUUCAUCAAAGAGUUCAUACUGGUGAGAAACCUUAUGAAUGUAAGGAAUGUGGGAAAGCUUUUCGGCAGAGCACACACCUUGCUCAUCAUCAGAGAAUUCAUACUGGAGAGAAACCUUAUGAAUGUAAGGAAUGCAGCAAAACUUUCAGCCAGAAUGCGCACCUUGCACAACAUCAGAAAAUACACACUGGAGAGAAACCUUAUGAAUGUAAGGAAUGUGGUAAGGCUUUCAGUCAAAUUGCACACCUUGUUCAACACCAGAGAGUUCAUACUGGUGAGAAGCCUUAUGAGUGUAUUGAAUGUGGGAAGGCCUUUAGUGAUGGCUCCUAUCUUGUUCAACAUCAGAGACUCCACACUGGCAAAAGACCAUAUGUAUGUCUUGAAUGUGGAAAGGCCUUCAGACAGAGGGCAUCCCUGAUUUGUCACCAGAGGUGUCAUACAGGUGAGAAACCUUAUGAAUGUAAUGUUUGUGGGAAAGCCUUUAGCCAUCGUAAAUCCCUUACUCUACAUCAAAGAAUUCAUACAGGAGAGAAACCUUACGAGUGUAAGGAAUGUAGCAAAGCCUUCAGCCAGUUUGCCCAUCUUACACUUCAUAAAAGAAUUCAUACUGGAGAAAGGCCCUAUGAAUGUAAAGAAUGUGGGAAAGCCUUCAGGCAAAGUGUACAUCUUGCUCAUCAUCAGCGAAUUCAUACUGGGGACCAGCCGUUCAGACGAGAUGCAGAGAAGAAGUCUUAUGACUGCAGCGCAUGUGGUAAGGCUUUCAGCCGCAGCUCGUCCCUCAUGAAGCACCAGCGGAUCCACACCGGCGAGAAGCCCUAUGAGUGCGACGUGUGCGGGAAGCACUUCAUUGAGCGGUCAUCCCUCACCAUCCACCAGCGCGUGCACACUGGGGAGAAGCCAUAUGCAUGUGGGGACUGCGGCAAGGCCUUCAGCCAGCGCAUGAACCUGAUUGUGCACCAGCGCACGCACACGGGUGAGAAGCCAUAUGUGUGCGACGUGUGCAGGAAGGCCUUCCGCAAGACCUCGUCCCUGGCACAGCACGAGCGGGUGCACACAGGUGAGAAGCCGUAUGCCUGUGGGGACUGCGGCAAGGCCUUCAGCCAGAACAUGCACCUCAUCGUGCACCAGCGGACACACACGGGGGAGAAGCCAUAUGUGUGCGAUGUGUGUGGCCGUGCCUUCAGCCAGAACAUGCACCUGACCGAGCACCAGAGGACACACACGGGCGAGAAGCCAUACGCUUGCAAGGAGUGCGGCAAAGCAUUUAACAAGAGCUCGUCCCUCACACUGCACCACAGAAACCACACAGGCGAGAAGCCGUAUGCAUGUGGUGAGUGUGGCAAGGCCUUCAGUCAGAGUUCCUACCUCAUCCAGCACCAGCGCUUCCACAUUGGUGUGAAGCCCUUCGAGUGUAAUGCAUGCGGCAAGGCCUUCAGCAAGAACUCGUCCCUCACCCAGCACCAGCGCAUCCACACUGGAGAGAAGCCCUACGAGUGCUACAUCUGCAAGAAGCACUUCACGGGCCGCUCGUCCCUCCUUGUGCACCAGAUGGGGCACACGGGUGAGAAGCCGUACGCCUGUGGCGAGUGCGGCAAGGCCUUCAGUCAGAGCGCAUACCUCAUCGAGCACCAGCGCAUCCACACUGGCGAGAAGCCCUACAAGUGCGGCCAGUGCGGGAAGGCCUUCAUCAAGAACUCCUCGCUCACCGUGCACCAGAGAAUUCACACAGGGGAGAAGCCCUACAAGUGUGGCGAGUGUGGGAAAACCUUCAGCCGGAACACCAACCUCACACGCCAUCUGAGGAUCCACACAUAGGGGAGGCCUAGGCUGGGGGUCUUCUUGUGUGGGGGCUUUCCUGCAGCAGAUGGGUGGAACCCUCAUGCCCACCGUCAGUGCGACAGCUCUGACGUGGUUGCCCAGGGUAGCGUGGGCUAGAGGGGUGUCUCCCUACGAGGCACCUGCACAUUCCUCUUCAUCUGAUGCCCUGGGGACCAUAGUCAGGGUCAAUGUGGCUGAAGCUUCCAGGAGUGCCAGGAACCUGGGCAUCAGGGUUCCAGGACGUGGCAGUGAGUUGCAGGACCUGGGAUGAGGCAUCCAGUGUCUUUGGGGCAACAGUCAGUUGUAAAGUGCAAGAUGGGGCUGGCAGGGAGAUGGAUUCAAGAUGUGAACAUGGGGACAUUUCUGGACCCUAGCUUUAGUCCAGAUGUCAGGUGGUCACCCUCCGUGGUUCCCUGCUGGGGUGGAAGCCAGAGGGGCCCUCUCUCUGUCCCUCUGUCUGGCCAUCCCCCCUCCUGCAUCCGGCCAUCCCCCUCUCUGUCCAGCCAUCCCCAGGCCACAAAGCCUAAGACUGGCAGGCUGUAAGCGGGGCAGGGAGAGGGGGGAAGGUGGUUUUCAGAGUUAGCAGAUAACAGUAAGCAAUGCAGAUGCCGAAGUUUCUCAGAGUCUGUUCAAUUAUUUUUAAAUAAAACUUUUAAUUAAGAGA